AUGAGAUUACAAUUGGAAACUCAUCAAAGUAAAUUGAUGCCUCUUUUGGUCCUGGACAUUGCUUUUAGCUGUCUUCAGCUUCAGAAGUAGAAGUGGUGCUUGAAGAAAGGUGCAAGGUCUUUUUCAGCUCGGACAAGUGAUAAAAUUAAUUCUGCUGGAAUGGAUGGAAAAAAUGAUGACCCAACAGCUAAACCUGAGGAUGAAGGAACUGUAGCCAACAUUUCAGUCCAAAUGGUAUCUGCAGAAGAUAAGUUGGCAAAGAGGAUUCUGGCAAGAAAAAAACAUGCCAAAUUGAAGAAAAAAGAUAAGUUGCUGUGGAAUUUUCAAAACAAAAUAAUUCUCUUUACCCUCAUUCUAUUCAUUUUAGGAGUUGUAACCUGGACAUUACUGUGGCUCUUCAUUGUUCAGGCAGAAAACAAAGAUGCACUGUAUUUUGUUGGACUGUUUCGUGUUGCCAACAUAGAGUUUCUCCCAGAAUAUAGGCAAAAAGAGUCAAAGGAAUUCCUCUCCAUGGCACAGACUGUGCAACAUGUGAUGAACUUGGUCUACACAACCUCUUCUUUCUCCAAAUUUUAUAAGCAGUCCACCGUUUCAGAAGUCAGUAACAACAACAAUGGAGGCCUUCUUAUUCAUUUCUGGAUCGUAUUUGUGGUACCACAGGCGAAGGGCCAAGUGCUGUGUGAGGAUUGUGUGGCUGCCAUUUUAAAGGAUUCUAUUCAGACAAGUAUCAUUAACCGGACUUCAGUGGGAAGUCUUCAGGGCCUUGCAGUCGACAUGGACUCUAUUGUACUAAGUGCAGGUCUUCGGUCAGAUUAUUGGUCGACAACAGGAGCAGGAACAAAUUGUAUGUAUGAUCUGUAUGGUGAUCGUCUACAUGAGCACUUUCCUCUGGAUAUGCGGGCUGCCUCAGAGGGAACAAUCUGCUAUUUUAAGCUUAUUGCAUCUGUGGGCCAUCUUAUUCGCCUUUCAAUAGUAUCCCUCCAGAUUGAAGCAGAUAACUGCAUCACUGACUCACUAACCAUUUAUGACUCUCUGAUGCCAAUCAAAGAUAAGAUACUGUACCGAGCUUGUGAACCAGCUGAUUCAUUGGUGUCACUUGUGUCCACAAAUAAUCUCAUGCUGGUAAUGUUUAAGGCAGCACAAGUAAAGGAGCAUAAGGAAUUCCAUGGCUAUUUUGAGGUCAUUACACAAGAAAGGUGUGGAAAAGCAAUAGUGACAAAAGAGAAAAUUGGCUACGAAGGGAGCAUCACAAGUCCCUAUUACCCAAGCUAUUAUCCUCCAAAAUGUCUUUGUGCAUGGAACUUUCAGACUCCACAGAAAAGCCUUGGUAUAGCUCUGAAGUUUCAUAACUAUACCAUCAGUGAGAAGAAUAUUAAAGGCUGUGAGCGAGGGUGGUGGAAAAUUAAUGAACACAUGUACUGUGGUUACUAUGUUGAUCAUCAAACAGUCUUCCACAUUACAAGUUCUGCUGUCCACGUUGAGCUUCAGUGCAGUUCGAAGGUCUCUGAGAAACCACUUCUGGUGGAGUAUGGCAGCUACAACAUCAGCCAGCCAUGUCCACCUGGAUAUUUCAAGUGUUCUACUGGCUUGUGCAUCCAGCAGCUACAGCGCUGUGAUGGCAUAAACAACUGCUUUGAUGAAAGCGAUGAACUCUUUUGUGUUGUCCCUGAGUGGAACUGUAACUCCAGCUUCGCAAUACAGGAUAAUUUGGUUGCCUGCAAUGGAGUAAGUGAUUGUGAGAAUGGAAAAGAUGAGCAGAACUGCACCCACAGUAUUCCUUGCACAAACCACACAUUUAAGUGCAGGAAUAAUAUUUGCAUUAGGAAACAAUAUGCAAAAUGUGAUGGGACUGUGGACUGUGUUGAUGGAAGCGAUGAGAACAGCUGCAGUUGUGGCAGUAGCAAGAUCAGCAAUCUCAUCUCUAGGAUUGUGGGUGGCUCAAACACCAAGGAAGGUGAAUGGCCCUGGCAGGUCAGCCUUCAUUUUGUGGGAGCUGCUUACUGUGGAGCAUCAGUGAUUUCAAAAGAAUGGCUCGUGUCUGCAGCUCACUGCUUUCAAGGGAGCAAGCUGGCUGACCCCAGAGCAUGGCGAGCCCACAUGGGGAUGCAAAUGCAAGGCCGCGCGAAGUUUGUAUCUGCGGUGAGACGGAUCAUAGUCCAUGAAUACUACAACAGCAGGAACUAUGACUACGACAUUGCACUGCUGCAGCUGAGCAAACCGUGGCCGGACACAAUGAGCCAUGUCAUCCAGCCAAUCUGUGUGCCUCCCUUUUCCCAUAAAGUCCGCAGCGGUGACAAGUGCUGGAUAACAGGCUGGGGCCAAAAGCAGGAAACAGAUGAUGAAGGUUCAGCAGUUCUUCAGAAAGCAGAGGUAGAAAUUAUUGACCAGACAUUAUGUCAUUCCACAUAUGGGAUUAUCACAGCUAGGAUGUUUUGUGCUGGGCUAUUGUCUGGGAAAAGAGAUGGGUGUAAAGGUGAUUCUGGCGGACCAUUGUCGUGUCAAAGCAAUGGAGAUGGAAAAUGGUUUUUGACUGGCAUAGUGAGCUGGGGUUAUGGAUGUGGAAGACCAAAUUUCCCAGGUGUCUACACAAGAGUGUCAAAUUUUGCACCAUGGAUUCACAAAUAUGUGCCUUCAGUCUUGUAAUGUGAAAACUGGUUUUGUGGAAUAAAACAUGUCCUGGAUAUCUUCAUUAAAAAUCAUAUUUGGAAAAA